AUGGCCUCGUCGACACCUUUAAACGAAGAAGUCCAGUCAGUUACGUGCUAUAACAUACGACCAUUGAUACUCCAUGGGUAUAUAGGACCAUUCGUCCUGUUGUAUAGUGUAUGGUUCUACUGCUGGACAUGCGUGUAUGGCCUUGAAGAAUACUAUGAAGCCGGAUUGAUAGCACUUGCUUUCAUCGGAUUUCUACAGAUUUUGUCUUCGCUGUUUUGUCUUUGGUCGGUGGACGUCCGAUGUGUAUUUACGUGUUCAAAGGCAAAGGAUGCUGACAGUGCUGACUGGUUGAAAGUUGUUCCCACUCCCAAUAAUGGGUCCACAGAGCUUGUCAAACUCCACCAUGAUCGGAGUGCUACACCACAUGUCCUAUCUUUCUACUUCCAAAAGAUGCAUUAUGUCUAUGAUCGUGAGGAAAAGAAGCAGUUUAUCCAGGUCAAGUUUCCUACUGACAGAACAGUAGGCUAUUACUCUGAAUGGCGGGGCUACCAGGAAGAUUCCAAUGUGAAGGAGGUGGAGAAAAUUUAUGGCCGAAACAUAAUGGAGAUGGACAUUCCCCAGUUCAUGGAUUUGUUUAAGGAGCGAGCGACAGCACCAUUCUUUGUGUUCCAAGUGUUUUGUGUAGGACUGUGGUGUUUGGAUGAGUACUGGUACUACAGUGUGUUCACUCUCUUCAUGCUCAUUGCAUUUGAGGCAACCUUGGUCCAACAGCAGCUCCGCAACAUGACAGAGAUAAGGAAGAUGGGAAACAAACCAUACCUCAUACAGGUGUAUAGAAACAGACGCUGGAGACCUAUCAUGACCAAUGAACUAGUACCGGGAGACAUUGUCUCUAUAGGUCGCUCCCAGGAGGAUCGUCUGGUACCAUGUGACCUGUUGUUACUACGGGGACCAUGUAUAGUGGAUGAAGCCAUGCUGACUGGAGAAUCUGUUCCAGUGAUGAAGGAACCUGUUGAAAUCUUGGAGAGCAGUCAUGUAUUGGACAUUGAGACGGAUGGAAAAUUACAUGUGCUAUAUGGAGGGACCAAAGUGGUACAACAUACUCCACCCACCAAAACAGGACCUGGGCUGAAAGCUAGUGACAAUGGAUGUAUUGCCUAUGUACUACGACACAGUUUUAAUACAUCUCAGGGCAAACUCUUACGCACCAUUUUGUUCGGUGUGAAGCGAGUUACUGCAAACAACUUGGAGACAUUCAUCUUCAUCUUGUUUCUUUUGGUGUUUGCAAUUGCUGCAGCAGCGUAUGUCUGGAUCAAAGGCAGUGAAGAUCCAGAAAGGAAUCGCUACAAGUUAUUUUUAGAAUGCACCCUCAUUCUUACAUCAGUUGUACCGCCAGAACUGCCCAUAGAAUUAUCCCUCGCUGUCAACACAAGUUUGUUAGCCCUCAGUAAACUCUAUGUGUAUUGCACAGAACCAUUUAGAAUUCCAUUUGCUGGGAAAGUAGAUGUUUGCUGUUUUGAUAAAACUGGAACUUUGACUGCCGACACCAUGGUAGUGGAAGGCGUAACUGGAAUAAAUGGUAAUGAGAUAUUACCUGUGAGUGAUGCAUCCCUACAGACUGUCCAUGUAUUAGCAACCUGUCAUGCCCUUGUCCAGUUAGAGGAUGACCUUGUGGGUGAUCCCCUUGAGAAAGCCACUCUCAAGGCUGUGGAGUGGAAUUUGACCAAAGGUGAUACUGUAGUACCUCUGAAGCGUAAGACACACGGCCUCAAGAUUUUCCACCGCUACCACUUUUCCAGUGCAUUAAAACGCAUGUCCGUCAUUUCUGGACACACCCCACCUGGUGCCAUGGAUACAGAAUACAUAGCAACAGUGAAGGGAGCUCCAGAGACACUUAAAUCUAUGUUUAAGAGUCCGCCACCCCACUAUGACUCUGUGUAUCUAGAGAUGGCAAGACGAGGUGCGAGGGUGCUGGCUCUUGGUUAUAAAAAGCUUGGCAAUCUCUCUCAUCAACAGGUACGAGAUAUGACUCGUGAGAAUGUCGAGUGUGACCUUGAAUUUUGUGGAUUCAUCAUCAUUUCCUGUCCACUCAAGUCAGAUUCCAAGGCUGUUGUCAAAGAAAUCAUCAAUUCAUCUCACUAUGUCGUCAUGAUUACGGGAGACAAUCCAUUGACUGCAUGCCAUGUUGCCAAAGAACUUCGAUUUACCAAAAGGACAACUCUUAUUCUUACACCUCCAAAUGACAAAGAUACAUCUUGGCACUGGCAGUCUAUAGAUGACAAAGUUAUAUUACCUGUUAAAAUGGAAAAUAUCCGCAAAGAGCUGAUUGGUCAGUAUGAUCUCUGUCUUACUGGAGAGGCUUUAACUUACAUACAAUCAGACGCUCAAUUGUUAAGAAUACUUUUACCAAAUGUCCGUGUGUUUGCUCGGGUGGCUCCCAAACAGAAGGAGGUUGUCAUCACAACACUCAAGAGCUAUGGCUACACAACCUUGAUGUGUGGUGAUGGAACUAAUGACGUAGGAGCUCUCAAACAUGCCCAUGUGGGUGUGGCCCUUUUAUGUAAUGCUCCAGAAAAGCCACCUGAGAGAAGGAAGCGAAGACCUAUUGAUGAGGGAUCAUCAGUGGAUGGGGAUGCAGGAUCGAAUGAAAACCAAAAUGAUAAACACUCACUUACGUCCCGUUCCAAGGGAGGAAGCAGAGCAGCCAAGCAGAGAGCUAUUGCCAGGGGAGAUAAUUUAGCUCCAGCUCAAAAAAAGCUUGCUAACAUGUUGAAGGAUUUAGAGGAGGAAGAGAAAGCUCAAGUAAUCCGAUUAGGGGAUGCCAGUAUUGCUUCACCAUUUACAUCCAAGCUUUCUACUCCAAUGUGUAUUUGUCAUGUGAUUAAACAAGGCCGAUGUACACUAGUUACUACUCUCCAGAUGUUUAAAAUUCUUGCCCUCAAUGCCCUGAUCCUGGCCUAUAGUCAGAGCGUCCUCUACCUGGAUGGCAUCAAAUUCAGUGACAGUCAAGCUACCAUGCAGGGUCUCCUCUUGGCAGGAUGUUUUCUGUUUAUAUCAAGGUCAAAGCCACUGAAGACACUAUCCAGGGAGCGACCACUUACCAACAUAUUAAAUGUGUACACAUUGCUCACCGUACUGCUUCAGUUCUUUGUCCACUUCUCCUGUCUUGUGUAUCUGGUGCAGGGUGCCAAAGCAUUGGCUCCAUCGGUCGACAAGAUUGAUUUAGAAGCCAAAUUUUCACCAAACCUAUUAAAUACCACUGUAUACAUAAUAUCAAUGGCUUUACAAGUAUCCACCUUUGCAGUUAAUUAUAAGGGUGAACCUUUCAUGGAGAGUCUACGUAACAACAAACCACUUUUGUACAGUUUGAUGAUAUCUGGAGGCUCCAUAGCUGGCCUGGCCAGUGGCAUGUUUCCAGAAAUAACAGAACACUUUGAACUUGUUCCUCUGCCAGAAGAGUUUCGCAAUGUCGUUCUCUCUACGUUAUUGGCAGAUGUUGCAGGUGCUUUAGUUUUGGAUAGAAUAUGUUUCUUUUUAUUCGGCAAAGGAAAACUUCGUCAAGGAUGAUGUGAAUCUAGGAACAAUUUAACAAAUUAAAUAUAGUGUAAUGUACAUGUACUUUUUAAUUUAAUGGAAUGUAUGAUGUAUAUUAAAUUGAAUUUGGGAUCAAAA